AUGUUGACACGAAACCAUCCGGCGUCUGCAACGCAUCAUCCCACAAUGCCCGCCUUGAAGAUCGCUCAGGACAGUUAUCCUCACAUUGUGGAAGACAUCUUCCAGUACGCCCUGGCCACAUGGACCAUACGUGAGCUGGCCACCGUCAGAGCCGUCUCGAGCCGCCUCCGGACCGCCGUCGAUGACCUAUGCUCCCACGUGGUUCUCACCAGGACAGCAGCGGAAGGGGAACUCGCCAUUACUGGGCUCCAUGGCCCCCUCCCCUACCUCCCCAGUGGCUCAACGGACCGCACGUUUGAGCGCAACACGCGCGUGGUCACAUUACGCGGACCAAUCGACAAAGAAGAUCUGGAGCGCGUGGGAGGAACCUGGAUCUCCAACAUCUGCACCCUGCGAGCAGUGCGAGGAGAACAGGGACCCCCGACCUCCAACCUUCUCACCACGCUUGUCAGCCUAAGCACUGUUGUGCUUGCAAGCCCUAUGGCCGGUUGGAGUGAUCAACUGGCCGUCCCCAACUUUUGUUUUGAGGCAACCUUGGACGAAAUCAUCCUCAACGUCGAGGUCCCUCAGUACAACGGUUCCUCAAGGCUGUAG